UGAGCCGUUUAGAUGGAGGAUUAAUCAAGUGCAGGGCUUUUAACAAGUAUGGUGCUAGUGGUCUGUCUUCAGCUACAUCAGUUGAUGUCAAAUAUGCUUCUGAAUUUGUUAAAAUUAGACCAUCCAAUCCAGUGGGUGUGAAAGGACAGAGUAUCACUCUAAACUGUUCUGCUGUUGGUAAUCCCUCUUCAGUCUAUGAAUGGAGAGGAGGCAAGAGAACAGCAGGAUCUACUUUGGAAUUACAUCACUUGAAUUUCAGGAUGAAGGGACAUACACAUGUGUUGCUAGUAACACGAUUGAGGCUGGUGCUAGGUCUAGUAGUACAUCAGUACAGUUGACAAUUGAAGGUCCUCCACAGAGAUGUGUUGUGUUGUCAGUCAAAAGCUAUAUUGACUCUAAAGUGAAUGUCACAGUCAACUGUCCCGAAAAUGGAAAUUCGAGUGUAACUGACUAUUGCAUAGAAUAUCAGGUGGAUAGUGGCACCAGCAACAUGCAGUGGGAACAAAGAGAAUUCAGUGCUUCUAGUCCUCAACCAUACAUUGUUGUUUGUCUCAGUCCAUUUACAAAGUACAGAGUUAGAGCAACAGCAAGCAACAGGCAUGGCUAUGAACCUGGAAGUUUGGCAGCUGUUAAUGUGGUGGCUGUGACUACUGCCGAAGGCUAUCCCGGUUCUCCUAAUUCAUUGAGUGUAUUAGGAAAUGCUUUUGCUCACUGGUUUGUUGUGUCUUGGUUACCUCCCAGUGCACCUAAUGGUGUUCCUCACUAUUAUUUUGUUUACUACAAACCAAUUGGUGUUCGUCAAGUGAGCCACACAAGACUGAAUGUAACAGCCAUGUGGGCCAAUCUGACAAUGCUCACUCCGUUUACACAAUACAGUGUGGAGGUGGCAGCAGUGAACGUUCGGUCUCAUGAUGGUAAGGUGUUGGAGGGAGGAAGAAGCACUGGCAUCAUUGUCAACACAACAGAAGAUGAGUACACAACUGCAUCAGCAGAGAAUGAGUCAUCAUCAUUAUCUGGAGGAGUAUCAAACUCAGUAAUAAUUGGUGUUACAGUAAGUGUCAUCAUUCUCAUUCUAAUCGUCAUACUUUUUAUUUCUCUGAGGAAGAAGUGCAGGUGCAUAAGAUAUGAGGGGAAAUUAGAGCCUAUGAAAUGUGAUUCUAAAGCGACAUCUGGAAUGAGUGAAUGUUUGGAGAAAAGGAAUGAGAUAAUGACAGUUAAUGUCUUAUACUGUAUGACAAGCAGCAGAGCUGAAUUGCAUGAAUAUGUAGAGGUUAGAACUGUUGCAGUUCAGCAAGACGGAAGAGAGUAUGGAUGGUGAAACAGCAUUUUAAUCUCAAUGUAAAAAAAGAUACUUUCUGCUAAUGAUCUGUGGCUUCUUUUAACGUUUUAAAUGCAUUUCUUAGUGCUUGCAUGUGUUUUAUCAAUGUGAUUGGCUUGUUUGUAUAUUAGCUAUAGAAGUGAGGAGGUAACCUUGUAUUGUUUGAGACUACAUGUAUCUGCUUGUGAGAAGAUUAUGCAAUCUGACUAUAGAGUGGGAACAAACGAGUUUUACCAGAAAAAGAUUUGAUUGUUAA